AUCACCCUGACAUUACCAUGAGGGUGACUCACAGGGCAAGGAGGGAACCUGAGGACUCCUCACAUAUGCAGGAACUUAGAGGCUGACAGAAACCCAGGCACCUCCACCUUAAGAGGCUCUGCGAGGUCAAGGUGACACAACACUUCCUUCAGCUCAGCGGGCAGAUCGCAGAUCGGGCAGAUCAUCAGAUCACAGUCAGCCCAGGAAGUUCACAACAGCUUGUGUCCCAAUUCAUCUUAAACAAGGUCCCCAUUGUCUUUUAUUGUUCAAGAAAGAAGAGUCCCUGCCAUACACAGGGAAAAAAUGCUCCUUUGGGUGUUAGCCCUCCUGAUCCUUUGUGCUUUGCUAUGGAAUUAUAAAGGACAACUAAAGAUUGCAGACAUCACUGAUAAAUACAUUUUCAUCACUGGGUGUGACACUGGCUUUGGAAACUUGGCAGCCAGAACUUUUGAUAAAAAAGGAUUUCAUGUAAUUGCUGCCUGUCUGACUGAAUCAGGAUCAAUGAUGUUAAAGGCAGAAACCUCAGAAAGGCUUCAAACUGUGCUUCUGGACGUAACUGACCCAGAGAAUGUCAAAAGGACUACCCAGUGGGUGAAAAACCAAGUUGGGGAGAAAGGUCUCUGGGGUCUGAUCAACAAUGCAGGUGUUCCUGGCGUGCUGGCACCCACCGACUGGCUGACGGUAGAGGACUACAGGGAACCUAUUGAAGUGAACCUGUUUGGGCUCAUCAAUGUGACGUUAAAUAUGCUUCCCUUGGUCAAAAAAGCUCAAGGGAGGGUUAUCAACGUGUCCAGCGUUGGGGGUCGGCUUGCAUUCAGUGGAGGGGGUUAUGCUCCAUCUAAGUACGCAGUAGAAGGCUUCAAUGACAGCUUAAGGCGAGACAUGAAAGCUUUUGGUGUGCACGUUGCAUGCAUCGAACCAGGAUUGUUCAAGACAGAUUUGUCAGAUCCAGUAAAGAUUACUGAAAAAAAACUCACCAUUUGGAAGCAUCUGUCUCCAGAUGUCAAACAACAAUAUGGAGAAGGUUACAUUGAAAAAAGUCUAGACAAACUGAAAGGCACUACAUCCUUUGUGAACAUGGACCUGUCCCUGGUGGUAGAGUGCAUGGACCAUGCUCUCACAAGUCUCUUCCCUAAAACCCAUUAUACUGUUGGAAAAGACGCCAAAACUUUCUGGAUACCUCUGUCUCAUAUGCCAGCAGUUCUGCAAGACUUUUUAUUGUUGAAACAGAAAGCAGAGCUGGCUAAUCCCAAGGCAGUGUGACACAGUUGACCACAAAUGCCUGCCCCGGGCUGUGAGAUUGGCUGAUUUCAAGGACACAUCUCCUUCUCCAGCUCAUUCUUUACCUAAUCCAAUUUGGAUUAUCAUUUAGAUUAUGCUUCUUUAGGUAAAUAAAGGGAUACUACCAUCACUGGUGAUGUCCCAGGGUCUCUUCUCAAGCUUUUUUGGAAAAGAUGAGCACGGAUGGGACCUGUCCAAUAUUUAGGCUUUGCCUGCUUGGUAUGAUUAUGAGGGAAAUGGAAAGGCUUUCCCAUCCAAAAUGAUCUCCACCACUGACUGCCUUUGCCUUCUUAUCAAAAUAUUAAGAGAUAAGUAGAAUACUUUCAUAAGUGGUGUUUCAUUAGAUGUGUUAUCUCGAUGAGAAUAAGUUUUCUGAAGGACUGGAACUCAUUAGCUCUGUAAGCUUUAAUGCGGGCAGGAAAAGGAAGGGUGAUGAGGCAUUAUGGGACUGGUAUAAGCCCAGGGGCUGCAGAAAAACACUAGGUAAGACUGCAAGUAGGAGGGAAGGAAAAGAGGAAAAGGAGUAAGAGGACUAGGGGGAAAAAAAAAAAAAGAAACAG